UCGUUCCUGUGUGUGUUUGUGAAUCUUCUGCUCUUGAGAGUUGAUAAAGAGCAUUAUGCAUUUCUGACCAGUGGCUCACAACUGUCGUCAGAUCGUAACAGAUUUGCGAGGAAAUUCGGGUACAAAUACAUGAGAGAGGCAAAACGUAAUACUCAUCGCUGGUUGCGAGCGGCUACAGCAUGCCCACAAUCUACAGAAGCCCUGUGACUAUGCUGGCCGUGCCGUGACGGCGUCCUAGGCAACCAGGCCAGUGUGUGUCAGUACGCGAGUGCACGUCAACCGAAUGAGCUCCCACUGGAUAAUCGUUUCAGUCAACGGCCAAAGUGCCUCAUCUCGGCAGGAUGCCAUUGAAAAAGAUUCGAAGUCUAUGCGAUAAGCUCUGCAAGGGUCCACAGGUUGCCGAUUGCCGGUGAGUAUGCGCUGUUUGAAAGGUGGGAUGCAGCCGGAUUGUGUAAAGAAGGAAUCCGAUUCUCGAGCCGCAUUCGUCUCCCGCUUUUGCACUCCCCGAAGCGCUUCGGGUACAGUUGAAGCGACCUCCAGUGAAGGUACUAAUACGAGAGUCGGGGUUGCAUUGUAUCGGGAACUAAACUAGGCCCUCUCAAGCUUGAGCUUAGUGCUCUAAGUGAGACACUGGGCAAGUGCGUGCAAGGUCACAGAUCAAAGAGGAUGAAACGCAGCGUUUCUGAUGCCGAGAUUUAUCAAGAUGAAACCAGCCGUUGUACCCUUGCUUGAAACAUGAUACAUGCGUUUCGAGUUCAGGCAGUGGUCGGCAUUCUAGAGUUUGGACAAGCGUCUUAUUCAGGCAUAAUUGCAGAAACACCAUGAUUUUGCACGGAGAGUAGGUGUAGACUUUUUCGAAGUUUUUUGAAGUUCAUUGUUUCUUCUUCUUUUGUGUUGAAACCCUGGAGAGAUUGGGGCUACGUUGAGCAGUGUCGUGAUGUCAGAACGGUAGAAAGAGUCUUAUAGUUUAGGUUUGUAUCACCUCGAGAAUUCAAGAUAGUUGAGCAAGGGGGGAUAGAGAAGCCGGCACCAUGACGGCCACCUCGGCGUUUGUCACGUCGCUCCUUACUUCGUUCGGCAUCUUCUGUGGCCUGGUGUUUGCGUUCAGCAUUCUGUCGAAAUGGAAGGUAAACCACAAUAUAUACUAUUCCGCGCGGAUAACUGCUGGCGAGGGUCCUACAGCGGCUGCCAGGACGCGGAAUCCAUUCGCCUGGUUGCGCGAGGCGAUUUUUACCUCCGAUGAGGAGCUCAUUCGAAUUGCUGGUUUAGACUCCGCUAUUUACCUCAACUUCUUCGUCUGCAUUCUAGAGAUUUUCGGAUACUCGGCGCUCUUUUGUAUUCCUGUGCUCGUUCCUAUCGCAGCGAGAAGCAGAAAUAAUGAAGCUGUUUUCGCGCUCGAUCCCAACCAGACUUACGAAGGGUUUGACAACCUGGCCAUGGGCAAUGUUGAGGAAGGAACUGCGAAGCUCUGGGCGUUUCUUGUUGGCACCUACUGGGUAUCAUUUGUGACAUACUUUGUUCUGGUCAAGCAUUACAAGAAGAUGAUUCGCUUGCGGGGGAAGGAGCAAGCACGUGAGAAGGCUGCUCCCCAACAAUUCUCUUGUCUGAUUCGUGACAUUCCUCCUCCGCCGAAGGGUAUGACCAGACGAGAGCAAGUGAACGCCUUCUUCAGAAAAAUUCAUCCCGAUACUUACAUGAAUUGUUUAAUUGUUUGUAAGCUGAACAAGUUGUUGAGGAUUUGGAAGAAGCAUCAAGCGGCGAAAAGGAAUUUGGAGCACGCUGAAGCAGUAUACGAGGAGUCGAAGACGACAGGGAAGCCUGACGGAACUCGCCCAAUGCACAGACUAUAUUUUCUGGGGUUGUGCGGCCCGAAAGUAGAUUCCAUCAAUUUCUACGAGGAGCAAGUGAGGGAAAUGGCAAGCAUGGUCGCGGUGGAGCAGCAAAGAACGCUCAAGGAAGAACAACUUCCUGCAGCGUUUGUAUUCUUCAGCAGCCGGCGAGCUGCUGCCGAAGCUUCGCAGGCUGUGCAUGCACCCUACGCCAUGCAAUGGCGAGUUUUCCCGGCGCCAGAGCCCCGCGAGGUUGUAUGGAACAAUCUACACAAACCUGUCUACGAACGAAUGAUUCGCAGUGGGCUUGUGUAUUUCGCAGUAUUCAUGACAGUCGUGUUUUACAUGAUUCCAAUUGCUCUCAUUUCUUCCUUCACCACUCUCGACAAUCUCGUCAAGAUACUCCCAUUUCUCGAAGUUGUUGUCAACUUUGGACCCAUCAACACAGUUCUGCAGGCUUUCUUGCCCCAGAUUGCCCUCAUCAUCUUUCUGAGUCUGCUACCAUCGCUCCUAAUGGCAUUUUCAAGAAUGGAAGGCAUCCCCUCUCAAAGUCAUGUGGUUCGAGCAGCUUCAGGGAAAUACUUCUAUUUCGUCAUCUUCAACGUUUUCCUUGGAGUCACACUUUUUGGAACUGUUUUCUCCUCUCUAGCUGGAUUCCAGACCCUUCUCAACUCGAAGAACUUCUCCGUGAGCAGUGUUGUCACUCUGUUCGGGAGCAAGCUGCCUCCUGUCGCGGCGUACUUCAUCACUUUCGUUGCUCUUCAGUUUUUUGUUGGCUAUGGGUUGGAACUGUCGCGCGUUGUACCACUGAGUGUCUAUCACCUGAAGAGGAAGUUCCUGUGCAAAACGGAGAAAGAGCUAGAGGAAGCAUGGGAACCCGGACCCUUUGAGUAUCAGACCCUGGUGCCCAAUGAUAUUCUCAUUUUGAUGAUCUCCAUGGCCUACGCCGUGAUCGCCCCCAUGAUCCUCUUGUUCGCUAUCGUCUACUUCGCCAUCGGCUACGUCGUCCUCCGCAACCAGGCUUUGAAGGUGUAUGUUCCUGAAUUUGAGAGCGGAGGCCGCAUGUGGCCACACAUCCAUACCCGAAUUGUUGUGGCGCUUUUCAUCGGACAAAUCACGAUGAUGGGAUACAUGGGAAUCAAGAAGUUCCCCUAUGCAGUGCUGGUGAUCAUCCUCCCCCUCUUCACAAUUUUCUUCGCGUCCAUGUGCAAGAUGAACUACUACCCCUCCUUCAACGUCAUGUCUCUCGCCAUCGCCAGUGAGGACGUCAAAGAGUCGCCGCCCAUGCGCGAAAUCAUCGCAGCUUACACACCCGAGUGUCUUGUCCUUGAGGAUCAAGAUGUCUACGAAAGCGAGCAUUUCGAAGAUGCGCGAGAGUCUAGCGUUAGUACAAGACCGAUGGUCAUCUCCAGAUCAGAUUCGGCGUCUCAUGAAACCACGGCGGAUUUAUACGCCCUUUGAUAGAACAAAUUCCGUUUAUUCAUCGCAAACCAUCAGCAGAACCAGCCCAUGCUAGAACUCCUGGAAAACAUCUUCUCAUCUUCGCAGUAAAAAUAGUAUAGUUUACGUUGCGUGAGAGAUGUCAAACUCUGUAAUCUAAUCAACAGAAGAUGAUCCUCAAGUGCAGGGAAUAACUUCUCAAUAGUUUUGCUCCACACAUGUUUUCAAGAAGGGAGAUAUUUACGGUAGCUCAACAAGUACUUCCUUCUUUGCAAAUUUCCUUCCUCUAAAUCCUGCUUUCCACCUUGUUCACAUGUGGUGGGAUCUUGUGGAGAUCACACGAAUCCAUUGUUGGGCUCACGAAAAAUAUCUCCCUCACUGAAAACACCACAAACUCCUGCUGCUCUUCAAUGUUAACGACCUUUGAUUGAUGCGAGGGGAACUUGCAGCGACAGGCACCCAUCUGCAUCUUUCUCCUCGCAAUCCUUUUCUCGAUCGCCAACCUUCCCUCAACCUCACCAGACAAAGACGUGAUGCGGCAAGCACCAGCAGAUUCACCCAAGCAACGCUUGAGGGUAAUGCAUCUAAACUGGACUACUUCUGCAGCAAGUCCUGUUGAAGACAAGCGCACUGUGACUGAUGUCGUCAACAACCAUACUUACUUCAUCAGAUAGUUCCCCCAAAGAAAACGUAACGGUGAUACUCUCAGUGCCGUUGUGUUACUCUUCUUUUAAUAAGUACUUGAUACAAGUUAAAUAGGAUCCUCUGUAUGAGUUUUAUUAUCUGAGUAAAAUGUGUGUGUCUA